ACGAUAUUUUCAUUCGGUGGUCAAACAGCGAAGGUUUCAGGCAAUGAUUCAUAGAAUUAAAGACGUGAGUGGUAAAUGGAUUAUGGAUGACGAUGAAAUAGGAGCAGAAGCUAUUGGAUAUUUUGGUACAUUGUUUUCGGUAGACCCUAUUCCUGAGUAUCAAUUGUUGCAUGCUAUCCCUAACUUGAGCUCUGAUAUCAACAAUAAUUUGUUAGAAGCAAUCCCAUCAUUGGAUGAAGUUAAGAAGGUGAUCUUUGACAUGGAUGGGGAUAGUGUAGCAAGACCGGAUCGAUUUACGGGAAAGUUUUUCACAUUUGCUUGGGAGAUGAUAGCUCAGGACGUCUACGAGAUGAUAGACUCGAAAGAGUUCAAGAGGACGAACCAAGGUUAAAGUGAAGGGUGGCAAUUGAUUGGUGAGUGUUCCAAGUACAUGAAAAUAUUUACAUGGAAUGUCUCCUUGCUUGAAUAACAUGCUUACUUGGUUAAAGUAAUUGCUCUUGAAUUGAUAACCUUUGGGACGAGGAUGUACUUUAUCAUACUCGAUAAUUUGUAGUUCAUUUCGUGAUAUUGAUAUGAAAUGAAAUGCUUUGUUUGCACUUGACUUGUUGGUCACUCGGGUGGCUAUCCCACCGACUUACGUGUUACAUGCUCAUUGUUGUUAGACAAUGCUAGGUACUUGAUUUCUUGUCUCAUAGGCAAGUGUGUACUUUAUCGCACUUGACCUAACUCGACUAAAUUUGUGAGAUUUUGUUAAAACAUGAGUUAGCCGUUUUGUUACAACUGAAAAGUGGCCGGAUUUGCUGAGAAAUUUUCUGAUUUCUGCAGCUUUCUUCCAAUUUUCUUGUUUGAUCAGGGUUCUUAACUACCUGAUUUUCAACUGUUUGGACAUGAAAUACUUGAAAUGCUUGAAACAUGAUAUGCUGAACUUAUUUGUGAUUUGAAUCUGUUUAGGCGAGUGUGCUCUUAUGUACACUCAAUUGAC